AUGAAGAAAGUCAACUUUGUGUCUGCUGAAGAGAUGGAACCAGUCCAAGAAGGGGAGGAUACACAAUUUGCUGAGGUGUGCUACAUGAGCAAUGGGCAAGGAGGUUACAACAAAGGAUACUAUAAUUACAAGUCCAACCCUGCCAUGUCAUACCGAAACACUGAUGUUGCUAACCCUCAGGACCAGGGCAAGCUGAUGGUGGUAGUGGACACAAGCAAGAAGCUAGCUGAAAUCAACUCCAAGAUCGAGAAUCUCAACACAAGAGUUUACUCUCUGGAGAAUCAUGCUUCUUCUGUUGCUGCUGCUACAAAGCAAGGACAACUACCUGGUAAAGCUAUUCAGAACCCCAAGGAACAGUGCAAGGUCAUCUUCACUCAAGAGGACUUUGAAGAAGAGGAUCAAGAAGUCAUUGAAGAGUUUUGUUUACUGCUGAAUGAUGAUGAGAUUGUUGCUGCUGAGGCUCCUGGAGUCCAGAUUGAUCAACCAGAAGUGCAGGCACCUACUGUGGCCAUUCACACUUCACCAGUUGAGCUCGCACAACAAGCUCGAUCGGCAGCUCGAUCGAGUCAACUCUAG